AUGACGUGCGGGAAGGCAGGCUGGGUGACGGGCUUCUGCGCGGAGAAUGCAUCGACGGUGAACUGGCAGGAGGGGCAUGUUUCCGUGGCGCAGUUGGUCGAGAGCUCCAGCUCCAGCUCCAGCUCCAGCUCCUCCUCCUCCAGUCCUGGGGCUUCUGCUGGGCCGGCGUCGAACGACACGGAGACAGACACGGAGACGGACGGCUCUUCUACGCGCAGUGACGAUGUGGCGUUGGGUGUUGGAUUGGGGGUUGGACUUGGUGUGCCUCUGGUAGCUGCGACUGUUGGGUUGAUUGCGAUGUGGGUGCGGGCGGGGAGGAGCAAGGCGUAUAGUCAUAUAGAGGGGACGGGGGCUCGGGGUGGGCAGAGACAGAGACCGGGGGAGGUAUAUGAGUUUGAGGGUCCUUCUGGACGGCAGGGACCCAAGGCAGCGGUUGCUCCGGCGCAGGAGCUUGGGCCUCAGCAUCUCGCAGAUUCUUCGCCGCUUCAACCUUGGGCCCAGGGCAACACAUGUAUUCCUGUGAACAAUGCCUCUCCAUGUGAUUGCCCAGUCCAGUGCAACUCUGACCCUGAUCUGCAAGCCUAA